UUCGUUUUCUUUCACUCUCGGCUCCCACUGGGUACGAGAUGGCCAAGACAUGGCUUAUUGACGGUAGAACAAUUGCGAGGAAAGUUAAAAAUGCCACCCAGUUCUCUGCAUCUCAAACCAAAGAGAAUGGGGCAUAUCGGGAGUGCCCUAAUUGCAAUCAUCGCAUUGAUAAUAGUGAUGUUUUGCCUGAAUGGCCAGGCCUGCCUGCUGGUGUAAAGUUUGAUCCAUCCGAUGUAGAGCUUUUAGGGCAUCUAGCAGAGAAGGUUGGACUUGGGAAUUCAAAACCACAAUCUUUUAUUGGUGAUUUUAUUCCGACACUUGAGGGGGAUGAGGGAAUUUGCUAUAAGCAUCCUAAAAAUCUUCGUGGUGCCAAGAAAGAUGGAAGCAGUGUCCAUUUCUUCCACAAAACAGCUAACGCAUAUGCAACUGGUCAGCGCAAACGCCGCAAAAUCCAAAAUCAACAUAGUUUGACAGAGGAGGAUGUCCGCUGGCAUAAGACUGGUAAAACAAAGCCUGUAAUUGAAAAUGGAGUUCAUAAGGGAUGGAAGAAGAUAAUGGUUCUCUAUAAAAGUUUCAAGAAGGGAUUCAAGCCUGAAAAGCUCAACUGGGUGAUGCAUCAGUACCAUCUAGGGAUGAAAGAAGAUGAAAAGGAAGGUGAAUAUGUAGUUUCCAAAAUUUUCUAUCAACAGCAGCAGAAGCAAAAUGAUAAGAGUGAUGCCAAUCUGGCCAGUGAAGAACCCGAUAAAGUGACAGUGGAUGCCAGUCCAAAGACCCCCAAGACAAAUACUCCCAAUCUGCAUCGACCAGGGAAGCGUCCUUUAGUUGAUGAAGACAAUGAAGAUAAUGCAUCUGAGUUCAUCCAAGAUGUACCUCAAUCCCCUCUGCCUGCUGUUUGUCUUGAUGACGACAAGGUGGACGCUUCAUGGUUGGCAGGCGAAUCUCAGGCUGUUGAGGACCCUGAUCCAAAUGGCAUGGAUGACUCACUGUUGUGCAAUGAAAUUCUUGAUUCUUAUGCUCCUAUUGAUAACCCAGGAGUAAGAAAUGCCCCUUAUUUCCUGGACUUCAAUGCUAGCCAGAUGGAUGCAGUUGAAGGAGAUGUCGGCACAGCCAAUGGAAUCCCUGACCUUGAUGGCAUAGAUCUGGGCACACCACCAGAUUUUCAGCUUGCGGACUUGCAGUUUGGCUCUGAGGAAAGUAUUAUGAGUUGGUUAGACCGGCUUUGGAGAUGAACUGAAGCGACGUGUCCUAAGAAUUACUAUGGUGGCACAAUUUUGUUUCAGACACUAAGUUGAUGGAUUUUCGCCUCCGCAGAAUAAUACAGUCUUGACCAUACUGAGUGGGUCUAACAUGUUUUGCGGACCUAGUGACAGUUUUCUCUUGGUAUCCAUUAUCCACAAGACUUUUUAAAGCAGAUGGUGCUAUUGAAGUUCCAUGAACUAGUUGAAGCUUUUUAAACUGCAGGUCUGUUUUUCCAAUGUUAAAUGGAAGAUUACGGUGUGGCCCAAGCCAUAUGCAGGUGUGGAAAAUGAUUCAUGCCGUAAAUAAGUCCAGAUUUUCUUUUA